GUGGCUUGCAGUUUGGUUUGUUGGUAGUUUGGUUGGUUGGUUGGGUAGUUGGUUAACUCUUUAGGUUGCGAAGGCCAAAUGACUUCCUCUGUUCUCUCACCUUCUCUAGUCAUCUUUCUUCUCGUUUCCUUUGCUGCCCCUCAUUUUCUCUGCAAUGCCUUCCCUGCCCAACCCCAACCUCACUUCACCAGUCAAAACUACAGGGAUGCUCUCUCCAAGUCCAUUCUCUUUUUUGAAGGUCAGAGAUCUGGGAAACUCCCCCCUAACCAAAGGCUCACUUGGAGGGGCGACUCUGCUCUCUCAGAUGGGUCAGCAAUGAACGUUGAUUUGGUGGGAGGCUACUAUGAUGCUGGGGAUAACAUGAAAUUUGGUUUCCCUAUGGCUUUCACGACCACCAUGCUUUCUUGGAGUGUGAUAGAGUUUGGUGGGUUGAUGAAAGACGAGUUGCAGAAUGCAAGAGAUGCCGUUUGUUGGGCGACCGAUUACCUUCUGAAAGCCACUUCCCAACCAGACACCAUUUUUGUUCAGGUGGGUGAUGCAAACAAGGACCAUGCCUGUUGGGAGAGGCCUGAAGACAUGGACACCCCAAGAAGUGUGUUCAAGAUAGACACAAAUAGCCCAGGUUCUGAUGUAGCUGCUGAAACUGCUGCAGCACUUGCGGCGGCCUCUUUGGUGUUCAAGACAACUGAUCCCAUUUAUGCCAAGCUCCUUCUCAGUAGGGCAAGAGAGGUGUUUGAGUUUGCUGAUAAGUACAGAGGGGCUUACAGCAAUUGGUUGAAAGAUGAAGUGUGUCCUUUCUAUUGCUCUUACACUGGUUAUCAGGAUGAGCUUUUGUGGGGCGCUGCUUGGUUGCACAAAGCCACCAAGAACCCAACUUAUCUCAACUACAUCCAAGUGAAUGGACAAACACUAGGAGCUGAUGAGAGUGAUAAUACAUUUAGUUGGGAUGACAAGCACGUUGGAGCCCGGAUUCUUCUCUCUAAGGCAUUUCUACUUCAAAAGGUUCAAGCCCUCCAAGAUUACAAGGGUCAUGCAGAUGACUAUAUUUGUUCCCUCAUUCCAGGGAUCCCCUCCUCUCAAGCUCAGUUCACUCCAGGUGGGCUUCUGUUCAAAUCGAGUGAUAGCAACAUGCAGUAUGUGACCUCCACCUCAUUUCUCAUCUUGACCUACGCAAAAUACUUGGAUUCUGCCCAUAUGGUCGUCAAUUGUGGUGGAGUAGUUGUCACACCCGAUAUGCUCCGAACCACUGCCAAAAAACAGGUUGACUACCUGCUAGGAGACAACCCCUUGAAGAUGUCCUACAUGGUAGGGUAUGGUCCACAAUAUCCAUUGAGGGUCCACCACAGGGGAUCGUCUCUACCGUCCGUUGCUUCCCACCCAGACAAGAUCGAAUGCUCGUUCGGGUUCAGCAUCCUGAACUCCCAGUCUCCCAAUCCAAACAUCCUAAUGGGGGCCGUGGUUGGUGGGCCUGAUCAACAAGACCAGUUUCCUGAUCAACGGUCAGAUUAUGACCAUUCAGAGCCGGCAACCUACACCAAUGCACCUCUUGUAGGAGCAUUGGCUUAUCUUGCUCAUACAUUUGGGCAGCUCUAAGGCUUCUUCCUGGGCACAAGACUAACAGGAUUCGGACUUAACAGGUGUUUGUAGUUUUCAUUCUAUGGGUAGUGCUAUUUUUUUUUUCUUCAUCUUGGUUUCUCUUGAAGCGGGUUCUAUUGCUCUCUACCAAUGUUUUAGGGUUGAGACGCGAGGUUUGAGCCCGACCUUGUGGAUGUAGUUAGAGAAGUACUCAUUUUAACAGUAAGUGAGUAGGUCGAGUACUGCAAUGGUUAAUGUUUGCAACAUCUGGUGAGGAAUCAAUAAUAUUGUCAAAACCAGUGCACUACAGGUUAAGAGCUUGCCAGAAAUCAACCUCUGUUACCGUUGGUGGGGGCCCAAUAUUUGAGGGCUGAGGACAUAAAAAGGAGG